UCCAAGCCAUCCCCCUCAAAGCGUCACUGUUCAGAUGAAAAUACUCUCCUUUCUGGAGAAGAAAACAAACAACCAAUGGCCCCGCAAAUGACAGCCUCUGAGCCUAUGACGGACAAGAAGCCACCCCUGGUUCCAAGCAGAGUUCGUCCCAUGCCUGUGGAGCAAGGGUCUGCUCGUUGUACACCAGAACCAGAAGUGCUGCCCACUCGACCUCCUCCAGACACUGAAAAGAUGAUGCGCCCUCCUCAAUCUCCAGCAAAAAGCACAGAUAGUGUAACGAAGCACGCUGCUCUAGAUGGAGCCAAAGAUGCACCAACCCCAGGCCUCUCCAACGUGAGAUCUCGUCUACAGAGACUGGCUAAGCAAAGGCAUAACUGGGACUCUGAGGGGACCUCAGAAACAGUCCCAGUGAACGUAGUUUUAUCUCCUCUGAAGUCUCACAAAGUGGAUCUCCCUACUGCUACCCCAACAAACUCUGAGCUCCCCUUUGGAAGAAAGGGUAGACUGGCAAACCUUGCUGCCACAAUCGGUUCCUGGGAAGAUGACCUUGGACACCCGCCCACUCGCCGGGACAAUGCACAAGCACAGCCUGGCACGGCCUGUGUGCACCCUCCUGUCAGUACAGUGACAAGUAACCGUACCAAGCCAAGUCCUGCUGUGGAACGACCUCAGACUGCCCAACCAGCUCCACACAAGUCUGUUGACAGCGGUCAGCAGCCAACAGUUUACUCUCCAGUCAAGUCAACCAGAGUGGUUCCACCUAGUCCUCAGAAGACAGAAUUUCCUCAGCCCAGACUGACUCAAGCAGGUCCCUCUCCUGUUUCCAGCCCACUAAAGGUUUAUCCCUCCACUCAGCCCUCCAGUCCACUUAAAUCUUUGACAGCAUCUCCCUCCAGUCCACACAGAGGUUGCAUCUCUCAGAGUCCCCUGAAGAACCAGGGCCCAUCUAAAUUGAAUUCUGGAGCAGCACUUAAUUCAAGCCCUGCAAAACCAAUUUUGACACCUAAACCCUCUUCUACUGCUGAUGUUUCCGUCAUACAUCAGACUCGUGAGAGGUUUACCAAGGACACAACACCCUUACAGCACAGAGGCCCAGCUGGAACUACUGUAGGUGUCAAAUCAUUUUUGGAGCGUUUUGGAGAAAGGUGCCAGGAGCGCAACCAGAAUUCUCCCUCCGCAUUAGGAGGUCAAGGACACACACCUGUGGCUACUCCCUCUGCCACCCCCAAGUCCAGGCUGCUCCAGGAGAGGCUGGGGUGCACCCAGACCACCUCCACUACAGCUGUCCUCACUCAGAAGCAGAAAAUGGAGCGAGAGGCAGAGCUAGCACAAAUUCGUAAUCGAUUUCAAAAAGGCAACAAGUUGAGGAGCAAAGAGAAUCUCAGUGAGGUCAAGAAUGACCCUGAAAACAAGGAAAUUGAACUGUCUGUACAGAGUCCGACUUCUGUGCCAGUGCAUAAUAAUGAGCCUUCUGUGCCAGUGCCUGAAGUUCUCAACAGUCCUUCUAAAUCUAGUGAAAAAGAAAUAGAUGAAGUGCGUGAGAUUGAGAUGAACGUGGAUGACUCUGUUAACUCUGAGAUAAUAAAUGAGCUGUUUGAUGGAGUCCUGGAUGAGAGCGAGGAGCAAAGUGAUGAGGAGGAUGCAGAUGAAGAUGCUCUGAAUAUCUCCUCCAUGUCUCUCCUUGCUCCACUCGCAGAGACUGUAGCAGCUGUGGUCAAGAGCCCAGAAAGAAAGCCUAUGGUGAGCCCUAAGGAUACAUCGACUCCUGCCAGCUCAUUUAUUGAGAAGAGUUCCACCCCUGAGAGUGUAUCCAGACCCAGUAAGUUCCAAAGGACACGCAUGUUACGAGCUGGAUCAUCUGACGGCAUCGAUGUCGUAGAUGAGCAGCAAAACCAGAACCUUCUCUACAGCAUUGAUGCCUACAGAUCCACAAGGAUUAAGACUGAGUCAGAGAGACCUCAUGUUAAACAGGUGAUAGUGAGGAAAGAGGAUGUGUCUCAGAGAAUGGAGACCAAUGGGAGCUCCAGUCACAUCAACAUCAAGCAGAAAAUGAAGAUGUUGACCAAUGAGAUGAACCUGCAGCAGACAGUGAUCCAUCAGGCUAGUCAGGCUCUCAACUGCUGCACAGAUGAAGAACAUGGGAAAGGAGCUCAAGUGGAGGCUGAGGCUGAGAGACUGCUGCUUAUUGCCACUGAAAGGAGGACUGCUCUGAAGGCUGAACUGGACCGGCUAAAAGCAGAGGGUCCAACAGCCCAAAAGAAAAGCACAAGCAGUGCCCAGGUGGAUGUGGGUAUACCUGCUUCUAAAGGUUCCAUCUCACUGCUGGAGCUGCAACUCCCUCUGAAGGCUGACUUUAUCUGUUCUUCUGCCAACAAGCCUGAAUGUGGAAACCAUUACUACUUUGUGAUGAUCCGUGCUGGAGCUGAGAACACAGUGGCGACGACUCUAGCAAGCACACGCACUGGUCUAAGUGGUGAUGCUUUGACCUUCUCCACCAGAUUCACUUUGUCUGAUGUCUCUAAUGACUUUGAGAUUGAUAUUGAGGUCUACUGUUUUGUUCAGAAAAGGGAGCUGAACCCUGACAAGAGGAAAAAGCUCAAGUCAAAGGCUAUCACACCAAAAAGGUUCCUUGCUAUCUCUAAGAGCAACCUCCAAACACCUGUUGUGUCUAGCCCCGGUGGUCCAAACGCAGUGCGCACCAGUAGCUUUCUACUUGUCGGAUCAUACAAGCUAACUCUUGCCUCUAUUGGGAAAAACAAAUUCCCGUUGGAGAAGAUCAAAUAUGAAGGGGUUGAAAGAGAGCUGCUCAGUGACAUGUUUCACAAAAAGGUACCUUUCCUUUGUCCUUUGGAGGGGCACGUUUACCUGAAAAUUCAGUGCGAGGUUGGCUCACGGAUAGAGGAAAGAGGCUUCCUGACUAUGUUUGAGGAUGUCAGUGGAUUUGGAGCCUGGCACAGGAGGUGGUGUGUCCUUUCAGGAUACUGCAUCUCUUUUUGGACCUACCCUGAUGAUGAAAAACGAAAGAAUCCAAUUGGUCGCAUUAACCUUGCCAACUGUACCAGUCGUAAAGUGGAGCCGGCAAACAGAGAGUUCUGUGCCAGGCCCAAUACCUUUGAGCUCAUUACUGUGAGACCACAAAGGGAGAAUGACAGAGAGACCCUGGUCAGCCAGUGCAAGGACACACUGUGUGUUACAAAGAACUGGCUGAGUGCUGACACUAAGGAUGAGAGGAAUCUGUGGAUGCAGAAGCUCAACCAGGUCUUGAUAGACCUGCGCACAUGGCAGCCAGAUUCAUGCUACAAACCCAUGUAAGCCUGCUCUCAUCGGGCACCAAGGGCCAAAAGUAUCCUAGUCUGACUUUCACAUUGACUGCGUAUAUGUCUGAUUUGGAAGUGCAAUAUGGCAUCACGGUUACACAGUGUUUACAGAUACAUUUUACAAGUUAGUAAUUAUAAAUUUGACAAGUUAAAAGCCAUAAAUUAAGAGAUUUCAAUUAAAGGACAAAAUGCUUUGCCUUACAAGGGUAUUCAGGUAUGUUUUUGAUACUUUUGUCUGUGUAAUUUAGCAAGGAUUGCUUAAAGACUAAUGAAAGUUUGUUUGCUUUGUUAGACUGUCAAUUUGUUUAUGUAUAUUUAAAUGUCUUUUGCAUGACUGCUGUCUGCUGAGAUACCUGCUGUAGUCAGAUUUCUCAGAAUAUUGGUUGAGCAAGACAGGAGGCAGUGUCUGAAUCUUUAAAUGAUCCACACAUUUAAUGUCAGCACUUUGUGGUGACAAAUUUCAUUUUCAUAUUAAGUACUGCCAAAACCUAUGAUCAUUUUUUAUAUUUGUAUAUUUGCUGUUAUAGGGAUAACUUCAUUUUUUUUGCUCAUCUGUCAGGAAUCAGAAAUGUAUUUGAAUAAGAUUUUUGGGGGUUUGUUUGGAUUGGAGUUAUGAAAAUUGAGAUUUAUAUUUAUAUAUCAG